AUGGCAAGGGAAAUUGGUCGUCUUCGCGAAAACAACGCCACAGCAUAUAGGGAUAUUCACCAACUUACCGAAGUCAACGAUGUUUUACAAAAAAGGAUAUUCGAGCUCGACAGGAAGGACGACAAACACAUCCAGGAAGCCAAGGAUCUCAAAGCCAAGAUAGCGUUCCUUGAAGCGGAGAGGGCGGAGGCGCGCUGGCCUAGUCCUAUCCGCGUUAAAUUUCCACCCUAUCAAGACGAAAGUCUUUCUCCGCUUAGUCCGGAGUCCUCUCUUGACCUUAACGCAGAAUGCACGGAGCUGGUUGAUAUAAUGCUAGAAGGUAGCGACGAUUCAGGAGAACUGUCCCAUUGA